AUGGAAACCUCCAUCAGUGUACGUAACGUAUCGAUUCAUUUUGAUAUAUUAUGUAAUUAUACGAGAGAAGACUAUAAUCAUAUCAUGCAUGAGAUAUUUUACAUGGUGCCGCCUCACAUAGUAAAUAUAAUUCUACCAAGAAUAGAAGAAUGUGCUAGACAAAUGAUUGCAUGCAAUUCAGAAGGACGUGAUAUAUUAGAGAUGGAUGUGUUGAUUCAUGUUAUAGAAGAGGAAGGAGAAAAUAUAAACCAAAAUGUUGAAGGUCAAGCCCAACAAGUUGUCGAUUUAUUAGAGAAACUACAAAAUGAUCAUCUUUUCUCUGAUUCAACGAGACAAUGUUCGAUUUGUUUAGAAGAGUUUUAUACUAAGUCAGAUCUUGUUUCUACAAAAUGCUCGCAUAUUUUUCAUGAAAAGUGUAUGGUCUCGUGGAUUCAAAAGUGCAUCGACAGCUCAUCUACUUAUUCUUGUCCAUUGUGUCGACGUCAAAUUCCAUGA